GUCGUUUCCUUCCUCGCUCUCCUUCAGAUUCUCCAGUUCAAGGGAAAAAACAAAUUUAGGAAUCUAAAAGUCAGAGAUGGCAACAACGGUUUGCAGAUCAUUUCUAAUGAGUGGUUCAAGAAACUUAGUAUCGAGAUCAAGAACCGUAACUCAAAAGUGCCUCAAUCUUAAACCCACAACGACGACAACUUCAUCUCACUUUGCUUCAGUCUCCCAAUCCAUCCCUCGCGCUUCAAGGGUUCUGUCGGCAUUGGGAAGCGUUGAAACGAUGAUACCACUUCAUAGUGCGGUUGCUUCAGCUCGGCUCCGUUCAAGCAUCGCUGCUGAUUCCUCCUGCUGGAGCUGGCUUUCCCUGGAGCUGGGAGUUCCUCGGUGACACCAUCAUUAGCAUUGGUCCUUAAUCUUGAAGCUUCCAUGGGUUGAUACUUGAUAUUGAGCUGCUUAAGACUACUACUUGGUGGUACCAGAUUGCCAGUUAUGGAACCAGAUUGUUUUUGUUUCCCAGCUCUUUUGUUCUUCUACUUAAUCAUAUCAUCUUAUUGGAGCAGGGAAUGGAUGCCAAAAUAUCUCAAAAGUAUUAAUCAUCAUCUUAGUCUAGCUAAAGACACUAGAGUUGUUUCUUCUUGCAUUUGAACGAACAUAAUCAAAGUUAAAAACCCUACCAACCAAUAAUUGUGAAUCCAAACAUUCUUGCAGU